AUGCUGCUCGGUUGGAGUAUCUUUGCCAGUUUAGACCCUGUUUGGAACGCAAUAUUUCCUUUUUCCAUAUUACAGCUGUAUUUAGAACACACAAACUUCAUAGGAAACUAUUAGUUUUCUACAGGCAAUCGUGAGAAAUUGGACCUCAUAUGGUUUAUUGUUAAAUUACUAUGUUCCAGACGGAGCAUGAAAGUGGAGUACUAGAGUGAUCAGUUAAGUACUAGUUAGGAAGAAUCAGGCUUGUAUUAAAACACUUAUCAUUGUUUUGUAAAUACAAAUUAGACACAGAAGCACGCACACCAUAUACGUAUGUAAAUCCAUUUUAGUAUAUAUUUAAAUAAGAUUAGAGAUAUAAUUCUAUGUAAAACUGCUGCCAAUUUUAAAGAUAUAUAUAAGGUGGGCCAUGCCAUGUGCUGGGAAUGACAAAGGUUUUCCCGCUCGCCCCCCAUCCAAUUCAAAAACAGUGCGGGAUAUGCCAAUAUUAGGCGGCCGCGCGGUGGGGAAAAGGAGAAAAAAUUACACCCAGGAAAAAUCGUAUCGUAACGGAGGGAUGGCGGAUCCGAACGGGCGGCGGCCGCGGCAUCACACGGCGGUGAACGACGUGCUGUCCACGCUCGCCGACGCUAGCGCCGCCCUCGCCGACGUGCAGCGCCGCCUCGACCUCGAGUUCCGCGCCUCUUACCCCGACCACGCCAACCCGGCGAAGCUGGUGGCGCGUGUUAAGCGGAUCCAGGAGGAGGUGACUGCGCUCAAGGACCUCUGCCGCGACCUCCUCGCCCAGAAGCAGGAGCUGAUCGACCGGGUGCGGACUAGCCUGGCGGUGCAGCGCGGCACGACGCAACGGCUGCUCGCUGCGUCCGGGCUGCCCGUCAUGACCGACGCCGACGAGACUGCCCACAGCAGCCUCAACGAGGUGAUCGACGAGUGGACCGCUCACGUGAGGCCCAUCACAGGGGAGGACGGGAACGAAGACACUAACCAGAUACUCUUCUCUGCGAUCGUUUAGAGCGAGCAGCUUCCAUGGGAAUGCAGUUCGUGAAGCUGCUUCUGCAGCUUGAUACAGUUUGCGGGCUUGCGGCCAUCUUGCUGACAACGAAGAAUGUUGUUGGGUUACAUCUGAAAAAUUCAGCAUUGAGUUCAUGGUUUGGGAUGUCGUUCCUGUGCUUGGGAUUUCUCUGUUUCUAGCUUUGGAAAGGAACAUCAGCUACCUUGGAUUGUUUUCCCUACGCUGUUUUUAGCUUUGGAGGGUCGGUAUGCAGUUGCUGUGUUAUGCUUUGUAAUUUGUUGGUUGUUAUACAUCGGUAAAAGGUGUUGUUUUCAACAAAACGUUGCAUCGAAAAUUAAAUAAAGAAGUGCUUGUAAAA